ACAUUACACCAUUACACCGGCAAACCCUUGAGUGACUCAUCAGCUUCAGCAACAUCCGGGCAACACUAAUAUUCUCUGUCCUACAUCAUCAAGAUGGCUAGCGCAGGCUAUCAGCAAAUGUCGACAGACCCAAUAUGUGAGAAAAUGACAGACCAGCCUGCCUAUGGGAUGGCAAGUCCCGGCUAUAACCCAGGAGGUCAGUAUGGUGCAGUGAUCUCCGCUCCCCAACAAAGAGGAAUACAAGUGAUACAGCCAAUGACAGGUGGCCCCACGGUUGUGGUGACCCAGCCAAUGAUGAAUGUACCCGAGCCUCAGACUCAGUGUGCUCUCGUCAUGUCCGUGCUCAGCUCCAUCUUCUGUUGUUUUAUGUGCGGCAUCAUGGGUAUUCUUGUGUCCUGGAGGGCUCGCCUCUAUGUCCUGGAGAAUAAACUAGAGCACGCUCGUCACUCAGUCAACAUCGUGUGGAUUCUCUUCGCUUUCACCAUCUUCUUUGGCAUCAUCACCUGGAUCAUGGUCGGCAUCUAUACGGCUGUUGGUACUAAAUAUUUAUUCUGCAGACUUUACUGCAGCAACAAUGGAUGCUACUACAGAUGCUAGCCUUGUCUUUGUCACAGAGUGAUGAGAAAAGGGUCGAGAGGUUGUAGGUGUCAUCUGUUAUCUAUCUUUCAAUAACUGUGGUAUUUUGUUUUCAGUCUGAACUAUGAACUCUGUGUUAUAAACAUAUUCAGGAAACUCUCCUGUAGACAAUGGAAGCCUGCAUUUGUUUCAUGCAUGUUCUCUAACUCUAAGGUCUGUCAGACAAGAUUACCUGUACAUCCUGAAUAAUAAAUUUCCUCGCGUUCAUCAUUCCGUCUACAUCGUCUAAAUUCUUUACGCUUUCAUCAUCUUCCUCUAAAUACCAUGCAGUCCAUGAUCGGGGCUAUCUUCUAUUUUGAUCGAGAAGAUUACUUCGCCCUCAUAUUUCUAGGGUCAAAUGAUGCUACAGCAAAUACUUAUCACCUCUUUGUAACAAAGGGAUAGCGAGUAGGUAGAAUAUACUCUAGAUGAAAGUCCAGCAAAACAACGGACUUCCCUUGUCGUUAACUACAGCCACACCUAAAUCUGGUUUUGUCACACUGAUUUAAUAAAUUUUGGAAAUUUCAACUGUCAUACAACAAGUAGGCUUUGGACUUGAGACCUAACCAUUGUAAUUUUAUUUUAACACGACAAAAAUGUUCUUUUUUUCAUUGAAUACAUUAUAAGUAUAUUAUCAAUCUACUCAUUAAGCUCUCUAGUCCACUGCUUAUUAAUAAAAUGCG